AUGCAUUUUCAUAGAUUCACCCUCAACACUCAACAGAGAUGUGGGUUCAAGAAAGCAGCAAAGGAGACAAAGACCAAGAAGGGGGCUGUAGAGGAGGCUGGGCCCUCACACACAGAGCCCAGUGAAGGGCUCAUCCACAAGAGGGGUGCAUCUCAGCCCUUGGAGCCCUCAGUGGCAUACACACACCCCAGGAACUUUGGCAGACUGGUCAAGCCCCUGGUGUUCACAAUAGGGGUAGGUUUUUAGGUCUUUCUUUAACUAAACAAACACUACUCAAUAAACUAUACUACAACACAGUACAAUAUAACUGUAUUUCUUGUUACACACCAUUACUGUUUAAAUCACAGAGUCUUCUAUAAGUAUAUUGCCAGAUUCAGCACAGCACUGACAGGGAAUAAAGGGGACUAACACCAUGUUAGUUUACAGGCUGUUCAUUUGGCACAGCGGCCAUCUGGCAGUAUGAGUCACUGAAGUCCCGGGUCCAGAGCUACUUUGACGAGGUCCGGGCCGACUGGCUGGAGAAACUACGGCCGCAGAAACAGGGGGAACUUCGCAAAUGGGUGAGAUGAAGGAUGGAUCAAAACAUGCGUGAUAUUGGGUUAAUCCUUUUUAUAUUUUCAAAUACCAUACCUCAUUAGGGACUUUGCCACUCGCACUAGGCCAAAUAUCUCAAUGCUCCCCCUUUCUCUUCUUGGUGAACUGUUCACACUGAUGUCUUAGCAAGUUGUUUCCAUAUGCUGAGUCGUGUUCAUUACUACACGCAAAAUAAUUUGUAAAAAAAAUUAAUACAUUGCAACAGAACUAAAAUGUAAGUUUCUUAUUAGACUAGGUUGUCCCUCCCUGUUUGUCAGAUUUAUUCAGUUAGGUGCCUAAUGAACACGACCCAGGUUUCACUACAUUGUGUGGGUGUUUUGUCAGACCGGUUCUGUUUCUGUUACAGAUCAACCAGUGGUGGAACAGCUUGAGUGAGGGCCAACGUACGGUUACAGGUUAGUCUGUACUGAAGCCCAUAGAUUUUUUCUUGUCUUCUUCAAUAGUAAUUAGUUGAUACAGAUAUUGUAAGAUAAUGAUUCUCACUUUCACAGUCAAGAUAAUAUAUACUUUUUGUCCGUACGAGACAGAAAUGUGUCCUGCUUUAUACCCAUCUGCUUUGAUACACAUUAGGUUGGAAAGGCUGGAGCAGCUGCAGUGCGGCGCCCAAUGAGCGGUUUAGGUUCCUUGCUCAAGAGAACAUCCCGCCAUCUUUUUCCACCCGUCAGCACCUCACCCCACCUCUUUCAUUAUCCACUAAUUGCUCAUUCAUUCUGUGUUGUUCUACUCCACUCUCUCAGGGAUCAUAGCUGCUAAUGCUGUGGUGUUUUGCUGUUGGAGAGUACCAUCCCUCCAGCGCUCUAUGAUCAAAUACUUCACCUCCAACCCUGCCUCCAGUGAGUAGGGGAAACUGUCCUAUCCUAUGGCAAAUAUAUACUUAACUUGAUCUCUGCCUCAGGAAGUGUUAAUUGUUAUGUUCCCCAGCAAAAAAAACAAAUAAUGUCGCUCAAACAGAAGGGGCAACUAACAGUCACUGACAACCAAAACGAAACAGGUGGGGUUUUAGGAGGGGUUCUGAAAGACACUCAUGGGGGUGUCUACUGGAAGUUGACUAGCAACAACAAAUGGGACCUAAAAGUCCCCACCAUGAGCACCCACUAAAUUUGCCCAAGAACAGGCAAACAAAAUGAAAACCACCAAACUCAAAGACAGGAAGCAAACCAAAAAGUGGAGCAAAAUGAAAACAGGGAAGAUCAGAUAAAGGAUUUAGUCUAGAAAUCAAAAUAGGGAGAGCCAACUAAAGGUGUUAACCCUUCACAUAACUGAAGCACUGGGCCAGCCACUCUUAGAUAUCACCUGGGCCAGCACAGGUGAAGCACCUUCCAACUAAUGAGAUGGGCAAGCCAGCACAGGUUUAACACAUACUGACAAACGAGGUGACACCAAUCGGUGCGCCGAAAGUGCUAUACGUACUAAAGUCCAACCUCAAAACAUAAAUGGAAAUACCGAAACCUGUAACAGUAAUCAAGUGUCAGGAUUAGGACCCUGAGUUUUUCUUCACCACGCACCAGGAAGAGUAGCUGCUGCCAAGGCAGCAGCUAAUGGGAAUCCAUAAUAAAUACAAAUAUGUGACCUGACCAGGAAAAUCUCAGGAGCCCUUGUUAUAGGCUAUAGUUUUUCCUGGUCUGGUCAAUCAUGACACUUUAUUACUAGUAACACUGACAGUCAGAGAUCCAGUUUAUUUGACAUAUGUAAUAAAUUAAUAUUAAAAAAUUACAGUAAAAACGGCAUUAAAAAUAAAUAUUAACAAAUAUACAGCUUUUAUAGCCCAACCUAAUCUGAAAAGACUUGUCCAAUAAGAAAUAGUGCACACAGUAGCAAACCCUAGCAAAACAUUUAGCAAUUAAAAUAUUUUUUAUAGGACAAAUUCAGGUAGAUCCCUCCCCAUUUUGAGCAGUUUAGUUCCUAAUGAAUACUUCCCUGAUCUCCUCCUCCUGUCUGUACCCUACCCACAGAAACCCUGUGUUUCCCCAUGCUCCUGUCCACAUUCAGCCACUACUCCUUCUUCCACAUGGCUGCCAACAUGUACGUCCUCUGGAGCUUCUCCUCCAGUAUCGUCUCCAUGCUAGGCAGGGAGCAGUUCAUGGCUGUCUACAUGUCUGCAGGUACCAGCACGCGUGUGUGUGUGUGUGAGACAGAAACGUCAGAAUGUAGUAGACCCAUGGGGCGGCGCACAAUUGGCCCAGCGUCGUCCAGGGUAGGGGAGGGAAUGGCCAGAAGGGAUGUAGCUCAGUUGGUAGAGCAUGGCGUUUGCAACGCCAGGGUUGUGGGUUUGAUUCCCACGGGGGGCCAGUAUGAAAAAAAUUAUAAUGUAUGUACUAACUGUAAGUCGCUCUGGAUAAGAGCAUCUGCUAAAUGACUGUAAUGUAAUGUAGACAGAUUACUAGUCCUGAAAGUACAGACUUAUUUUCAGAUAAAUAAUCAAUAAUCUCCUCAUUGCCAGGUGUUAUCUCUACGAUGUUCAGCUAUGUGUGUAAGACAGCCAGCGGGCGCUUAGGUCCCUCUCUUGGAGCGGUAAGCACCAACAUUUUAGACUUCCUGCGGAAUUCCCCUUUACUUCCUGUCUCUGACAUCACUUCCUGUUCACUUUCUGUCCUCUCCAGUCAGGAGCCAUCAUGACAGUCUUGGCUGCCGUCUGUACCAAAAUGCCAGAGGCUAAGCUGGCAAUCAUCUUCCUCCCCAUGUAUGCUUUCUCAGCAGGCAAUGUGAGUGAAGAAGCCUUACAGCACACUUAACCACACAGAGGCUAUAUUCCAAUUUUCUACCCAUCUCCAGAAGUGUGCGCUCAGGCAUUUAAAGGAAAUGUCACAAUCUUUCAACUUUGUAUUCAUAAUCUCCAGCACUACCCCCAACAUCAACAUAUGUAAAAAUGGUGCGUUUCUAUGUUUUGUAGUAAAAAAGAUUGAGGAAGAUAAGUGUUUCCAAUGACCUCAUCAACCAAUUAGUAGACAAUGCCUACUCACAAUUGGUCAAAAUCACACGAAUAAUACCAAUGAUGUCAUUGGAAACACGUAUCUUCCUCAAUCUUUUUUUACUACAAAACAUAGAAACGCACCAUUUUUACAUAUGUUGAUGUUGGGGGUAGUGCUGGAGAUUAUGAAUAUUAAUACAAUUGUGAAGUUUCCCUUUAAAAGUAUUGGAUUGGUGCAAGCAUGGAUGGAGCAAGUUUUCACCAUAUUCCUCAUACCCAUGAGGGGGAGUAUACUAAGGCUGGGAAUUGCCAGGCACCUCACGAUACUUAGGUGCUGAUACGAUAUGAAUUGCGAUUCCUCCAAUUUCUAUAUGUAUUGCGAUUCGAUACUGUGAUUUUAUUGUAUUUCGAUGUUCCAAACAAAUUGCUGCUGCGGAGGGACGAGAGCCAUGAGAAAACGAGUUUUGAUCAGUCAUGGAAAUAAAAGUGCUGGUUCCCUAUUUAAAAAGAAAAUGGAGAACAAGCUAUGAAGUAAAAAUACUGGAAUUUUGGUGCAGGUACAGCAAACUAACGCAAAAAUAGUAUUGCGAUAUUGUCAAAAUGAUACGAUAUAUCGUCAAAAAUAAUAUCCCGAUAUUUAACUAUAUCCACCCCCCCCCCCCCCCCCCAGCACUAAAGUGUACAGUUCAGGAGAAGGGUACAGAAUCAGAAUGUCGGCACAAACUGUCCAUCUGUGCAUGCAUUUUGGACCCAUACUACUUGGGGAUUUAGUAUUGUUGGUAUUUGUGAUUUUUGGUACGUCUUUUGAAAAUUAGGAUUUGACUUAUUGUGGCUGUGUGAAAUGUCUUAGUAGGGUGUCUUAUGUGACCUACUGUGCAGACUUACUGAGAUAAUCAGCAACCUACAGUGAGGGAAAAAAGUAUUUGAUCCCCUGCUGAUUUUGUACGUUUGCCCACUGACAAAGAAAUGAUCAGUCUAUAAUUUUAAAGGUACGUUUAUUUGAACAGUGAGAGACAGAAUAACAACAAAAAAAUCCAGAAAAACGCAUGUCAAAAAUGUUAUAAAUUGAUUUGCAUUUUAAUGAGGGAAAUGAGUAUUUGACCCCUCUCAAUCAGAAAGAUUUCUGGCUCCCAGGUGUCUUUUAUACAGGUAAUGAGCUGAGAUUAGAGCACACUCUUAAAGGGAGUGCUCCUAAUCUCAGCUUGUUACCUGUAUAAAAGACACCUGUCCACAGAAGCAAUCAAUCAAUCAGAUUCCAAACUCUCCACCAUGGCCAAGACCAAAGAGCUCUCCAAGGAUGUCAGGGACAAGAUUGUAGACCUACACAAGGCUGGAAUGGGCUACAAGACCAUCGCCAAGCAGCUUGGUGAGAAGGUGACAACAGUUGGUGCGAUUAUUCGCAAAUGGAAGGAACACAAAAUAACUGUCAAUCUCCCUCGGCCUGGGGCUCCAUGCAAGAUCUCACCUCGUGGAGUUGCAAUGAUCAUGAGAACGGUGAGGAAUCAGCCCAGAUCUACACAGGAGGAUCUUGUCAAUGAUCUCAAGGCAGCUGGGACCAUAGUCUCCAAGAAAACAAUUGGUAACACACUACGCCAUGGAGGACUGAAAUCCUGCAGCGCCCGCAAGGUCCCCCUGCUCAAGAAAGCACAUAUACACGGCCAUCUGAAGUUUGCCAAUGAACAUCUGAAUGAUUCAGAGGAGAUCUGGGUGAAAGUGUUGUGGUCAGAUGAGACCAAAAUCGACCUCUUUGGCAUCAAUUCAACUCGCUGUGUUUGGAGGAGGAGGAAUGCUGCCUAUGACCCUAAGAACACCAUCCCCACCGUCAAACAUGGAGGUGGAAACAUUAUGCUUUGGGGGUCUUUUUCUGCUAAGGGGACAGGACAACUUCACCGCAUCAAAGGGACGAUGGACGGGGCCAUGUACCGUCAAAUCUUGGGUGAGAAUCUCCUUCCCUCAGCCAGGGCAUUGAAAAUGGGUCGUGGAUGGGUAUUCCAGCAUGACAAUGACCCAAAACACACGGCCAAGGCAACAAGGGAGUGGCUCAAGAAGAAGCACAUUAAGGUCCUGGAGUGGCCUAGCCAGUCUCCAGACCUUAAUCCCAUAGAAAAUCUGUGGAGGGAGCUGAAGGUUCGAGUUGCCAAACGUCAGCCUCAAAUCCUUAAUGACUUGGAGAAGAUCUGCAAAGAGGAGUGGAACAAAAUCCCUCCUGAGAUGUAUGCAAACCUGGUGGCCAACUACAAGAAACGUCUGACCUCUGUGAUUGCCAACAAGGGUUUUGCCACCAAGUACUAAGUCAUGUUUAGCAGAGGGGUCAAAUACAAAUUUCCCUCAUUAAAAUGCAAAUCAAUUUAUAACAUUUUUGACAUGCGUUUUUCUGGAUGUUUUUGUUGUUAUUCUGUCUCUCACUGUUCAAAUAAACCUACCAUUAAAAUUAUUUACUGAUCAUUUCUUUGUCAGUGGGCAAACUUACAAAAUCAGCAGGGGAUCAAAUACUUUUUUCCCUCACUGUAGCUACCAGCAACCAGUCAUUUUCAAAGAAAGGAGACACCGCGACUAGCGAGCUAGUGACCAGAGUUUGAACAUUUCCCAAGUUGAUGCAAAUUUCAGCAAAGCGACCGCCUGACAGCCAAUCGUGGGAGGGCAGCUCUUGCUAGUAAGCUUUGACAUUGACUAACAAUAAAAUCGCCCACCCCCCUUACUAGCUCUGAAUUAGCUUACUAUGACUGUGAUAUGUGGUUGUCCUUCCUAGCUAUCUUAAGAUGAAUGCACGAACUGUAAGUCGCUCUGGAUAAGAGCAUCUGCUAAAUGACUAAAAUGUAAGUGUGAGACCAGUUCUUUGUUGUCCUAUUUAUUCACACCAUCCUUUUUCUCUUCUCCUGUCCAGGCAUUGAAAGCCAUAGUAGCCAUGGAUACAGCUGGCCUAGUUUUAGGAUGGCGGUACUUCGACCACGCAGCCCAUCUAGGCGGAGCUCUUUUUGGGAUGUAAGUCAGCUUCUAGUCCGUCUGUCUGCUCUCACUCACUUAUUCACUUACUCUCUCACACACUCAUCCCCAUUAAACUGACUGUUGCACAGGGCAGCCACAAAACCUCUCAACAUCUAGGUCAAGCUAGCUGUCUUUGUCCAUCUUCUCCACUAUACCCCGGCUUUACUGAUUUUGUUUGGGGGGCACCCCCCCUCCCAAACUGCUCCUGGGGCGCCACUCUUCUUACUCUGUGCUGCUCCCAACCUAUCGUGUACAUGUGUGGUAUUGGGUCGGGUACUACGACAGCGGAAAAUUGACUAAUUUAAGAUCUAUUCUUUUAGUCUCGUUUGAGCUCUGUCCGUUCUACCUCUCUUCCUAUUUCUAUAUGUUCCUCACCUAUUCUCUUAUUUUUUUGCAGCUGGUACAUCAUGUAUGGCCACGAGCUGAUAUGGAAGAACCGCGAGCCACUAGUGAAGGUGUGGCAUGACCUUAGGACAAAGGGUCCUGGUGGGGGAGGAAACGGUGGUAGCGGCCCCCUGUAGAGCGCACUGGACUGGGUGAAUGCAUAUGGAUGGACUGGCCUUGGCUGUUAUGUAUAAAUUAACAGAUGACAGAAGUGUCAAUAGCAUCAACAGCCUUGCUGGCCACACAAACCAAAGCCCAACUCUCCAUUUACCCCACACACACACACACACAAGCUCUACGUUUGUCUCUCUCACACUCACACAUGAAAAUCCCAUUUGCAUUCAGUGCGCUCUCUCUCUCUCUCACACACUACAUAAUAAUGCAGGGCUUUGUAUGUUUGUGAGCAAAGAGGAGAGGACACAUUGUUGAGUUAAACUAGGGCCUGUAUUCACAAAGUGUUAAUCUAGGAUUAGUUUUGCCUUUUAGAUCAGAUUAUAUGUGAAUACGGACCCAGGAGCCUACAGGUCAUUGUCAUCAUCAUCAUCUCCCCAAAUGCUGAGGUGGAGGCCUAAACCCUAAGAUAUGAAAACCACAGGAUCACAAAACCCCUCCCACUGUCAGUACAGGGGAUGGCUAGGGAGCUAAAUUGCAUUCAGAAUGUAUUCAGAUCCCUUGAAUAUUUCCACAUUUUGUUACGUUACAGUUAUUCUAAAAUGGAUUAAAAUGUUUUUUUCCCU